CAAAAAAAAAAACAACCUUUUCUUUUCCUUUUUUUUUUUUCCCCCUCUCCAACCACGACCAUUGAUAAUCCAUCAUUAUUUGUUGUGUGAUGCAGCCCCAGCCGCUCCAAUCCUCCGGCGAGGACAGCCCGUCUCCGACGAGCAGGAGACAAGUACAGUUACAAGGGCCUCGUCCGCCCCAACUCAGAGUCCGGAACGAAUCCCACAUGAUCAAGAAGCCACCGGUAGCUCCACCGCCACCAGCCCACCACCACCACCACCACCACCAUCCACCCGAUCCGCCGCCGCAGGAUCAGAACCGACAGACGGUGGUUAUCUACGCUGUGUCUCCAAAAGUGAUCCACACGACCGUCACCGACUUCAUGUCUUUGGUCCAACGACUCACCGGCUCGUCUGCCUCAACCACUGCUUCCGCCGCCGCGGACGGGAAUGUCUCUCCGGCAGCUAGGUUGGCUUCCACGGAGAGAACGAGUCCAAAUCCAAAGGAGAGGAGGAGGAGAGAAGAAGAAAAAGAAGAAGACAUGGCUAAUGAUCUUAUUAUGGGUAUGAUGGUCGAAGGAGGGGUCGAAGUGGGUGUGGGUCAGAUUCCGGGGAUUUUAUCUCCGGCUCCGGCGACUCUACCACCAAUAUCGCCGGGGUUCUUCUCUCCGGCUUCAUCUGACCCACAUCUACAUGAUGCCCUUUCGUUCUUGCAGCAUGAUGAUCUAAGCCCUUUCCUUUAUGGCAACAUGUUCAUGCCAAGUCCUUCAACCAUGUUUUCAGCUCCAAUGGUUUCACCUUCUCCCUCAUCAUUUGAUCUUCUCAAUCCAUUCCUUGACUUUUAGCAGACUUCUUUUUAGAGAGAGAGAGAUAGUGGGGAAUUAUUAAAAGUUUGUUUAUUUAUUAUUUAUUAGUUUUAUUUCCUUUAGGAUAGAGAAAAUCCACUAAAACAUUGGGAAAAUUAUUUUCCUCAAUUAUUUGGUCACCUGUUUGAUCGAGUAUCACAAUUCUAGGUCUGUAUCUAUCUCUACCCAAUUAUACUCUAAAAUUGUUAAAUAACUUCUCAUACGCGCUUAGAGCGAUCUUAGAAUAUGGCUGGGACUGUUAAUGCGCUGUAUCCCAUAUGAUUUUGUUUUGUGGUUCAUGUAAUGGCAUUUUGUUUUGUCAUAAACUCUUGUGAAUUGUAAAUUGUAUUCUAAUGAAAUUGACCAUUGAUCGUGAA